CUUUCUUGUCAUCGCAUUCGCAGACCAAGCUAGCUAGGGAUGCCCGUUUGGCGGGUUUCCGCUGCUGUCAGCCUCGCCGCCCUCGCUGCCGCUGCUUUCCUACUCCUCCUCCCCUUGGGCCGUUGCCAGAGCUUCGGAGGAGUCGGCCUUGCGCCGGCGCAGGUGCUGGCUCCGUCACUGUGGCAGCUUAAUGACGCCGUCGAUAACGUCACACAGAGCUUGUUUCCGAUCGUCAAAGCCCGCUUCGGCUUCUGCGUCGGCGAUGCGCAGAAGGAUUGGGAUCGGACGUUCAAUUACAGCGGGAAUAUGGAUUUCAUGGAGAACUGCGCGGCCACGACUCCUGAUGUAACUGGACGCUUAUGUACAGCAGCUGAGGUUAGGCUCUACUUCGACAGUUUCGUGGAGAGCGGAGGAAGUACCAACUACAUGAAACCCAACAAAAAUUGUAACUCCAGUUCAUGGGUUUCUGGAUGUGAGCCAGGAUGGGCGAGCAGCGUCCCUGACAAUGAGAACGUUGAUCUUCGAGAUUCUGAGCGACUACCUUCGAGAAAUCUCAACAGCAAACCAUGCUGCGCCGGCUUUUAUUGCCCUUAUGGUAUUACUUGCAUGAUACCUUGUCCCUUGGGUGCAUACUGCCCGCUUGCCACACAUAAUGUAACUACUGGUCGUUGUGAUCCAUACAAUUACCAGUUAUCCCCUGAGAACAAUUCUUGUGGUGGUGCAAAUAUCUGGGUCGAUGUCGAUCAUAGCCGUGAUCUAUUCUGCCCGGCAGGAGACUUCUGUCCGAGCACCAUCUCGAAAAAAAAUUGUAGUAAGGGGCAUUAUUGUCGGAUGGGUUCGACUUACGAGACAAGUUGCUUCUUAUCUAGCUCGUGCGAUGCAAAUUCUGAAAAACAAAAUAUUACUAUUUUUGGUGCUUUAGUAAUGGCUGCAUUGGUUUUAUGGUUGUUGAUAAUAUACAACUUCUCUGAUAGAAUUCUCUCUCACCGUGAAAGAAGACGAGCUAAAUCCAGGGAAACUGCCGCAAAGGUAGCUAGAGAAGCUGCACAAGCUCGUGAAAGGUGGAAAGCCGCAAAAAAUAUUGCAGUUGAUAUUCAACGUCAGAUAUCUCGCACAAUUUCAAGGAAAAGAUCCAAUAAACUUCCAGUUGGUCCUGCAUCAACAUCAGAGAUUGAAGAAAUUGGUGUUCCUUGUCAUGUGGCACAGCCAUCUGAAUUAAACUACUCUGACAAUGCUGGAGGUCAUCCUUCGGAAAAGAACCCCAAAAAGAACUCAACCAAAGGAAUCCAUAAGCAUACUCGAACCCAAAUUUUCAAGUAUGCCUACGGCGAAAUCGAAAAGGAGAAAGUUCAGCAUCAGGAAAGAAAGAACUUAACCUUCUCAGGAGUAAUCUCUAUGGCCACGAAAACUCAGGCCAGAACGAGGCCAGUCAUAGAGAUCGCUUUCAAGGAUCUAACCAUAGUUCUUAAAACAAACAAGAAGCAACUUCUGAGGAGUGUGACUGGGAAACUUACUCCUGGCCAUGUGACUGCAAUCAUGGGUCCAUCUGGUGCGGGGAAAACUACCUUCCUUAAUGCUCUGGCAGGAAAAUUAUCCGGGUGUCAAACAACUGGAUUAGUUCUGGUAAAUGGAAAGGUUCAACCUAUCCAAUCGUACAAAAAGAUCAUCGGUUUCGUGCCACAAGAUGAUAUUGUUCAUGGAAACUUGACAGUAGAGGAAAAUCUCUGGUUCAGUGCUAACUGUAGACUUUCUGCGAAAAUGUCAAAAGCCGACAGAGUUCUAAUUGUCGAGAGAAACAUAGAGUCUCUGGGGUUGCAAUCCAUACGAAACUCCUUGGUUGGAACAGUAGAGAAGCGUGGAAUCUCUGGCGGACAGAGGAAGCGUGUAAAUGUUGGGCUGGAAAUGGUUAUGGAGCCUUCUCUUUUGUUACUGGAUGAACCAACAUCAGGCCUGGACAGUUCUUCGUCUCUGCUGCUAAUGAGAGCACUUCGGCGCGAGGCACUCGAAGGGGUAAACAUCAGCAUGGUCGUUCACCAGCCCAGCUAUACUCUGUUCAACAUGUUCGACGAUUUAAUACUUUUGGCAAAAGGAGGUUUAGUUGCAUAUCAAGGGCCAGUGAAGAAAGUCGAAGAUUACUUUGCAGGCCUAGAAAUUAAAGUGCCUGAUCGUGUUAAUCCUCCUGACUACUUCAUUGACAUUCUGGAGGGUAUGGUGAAGCUGAACACGAGUUGGGGCCUUAAAUCCAGUCAGCUGCCGGUUUUAUGGAUGUUGCACAACGGCUACACUGUGCCCCCUGAUAUGCAAAAUGAACUAAACAGUGUCGCACCGUUUAGAACAAACUCUUCCGAGGAUGGCUCAGUCGAGGAGUCUGUCGUCACCGAUGAUGUUUGGGGAAAUGUAAAAGGCGCGCUGGAGGAAAAGAAAGAGCACUUGGAGAACAUCUUUCCGAAAUUCAAAGAUUUAGCAGACCGAAGAACUCCCAGUAAACUUUACCAGUACAAGUACUAUCUUGGAAGGGUGUCCAAGCAGCGACUGCGUGAAGCUACAGCACAAGCUGUUGACUAUUUGAUCCUAGGUCUUGCAGGAGUUUGUUUAGGGAUACUUGCUAAAUCAUCAAACGACUCGAAUCUAGGAGCUGCUGGUUACACCUACACAAUUAUAGCUGUUUCUCUGUUAGGUCAGAUCGGUGCUUUGAGAUCAUUUUCACUAGAAAAGCUGCAGUAUCUGAGAGAGAGAAGAUCUGGAAUUAGUUCACUUGCUUAUUUUCUUGCAAGAGAUACGGUCGACCAUUUCAACACGGUAGUGAAGCCGGUAGUUUAUCUCUCCAUGUUCUAUUUCUUCAGCGCCCCUAGAUCGACAUUUGCGGACAACUAUAUUAUUUUGCUCGCCCUUGUUUACUGUGUAACUGGUAUUGGUUACACUUUUGCUAUCUGUUUCCAACCUGGUUCUGCCCAAUUGUGGUCUGCUCUUCUUCCUGUCGUGUUGACUUUGAUGGCAACUCAGCGGCGAGGCUCGCAAAUAUUAGCUAAUAUUUGCUACCCAAAGUGGGCGUUGGAGGCAUUUCUCAUCGUUAACGCUAAAAGGUAUUCUGGUGUGUGGCUCAUAACACGGUGCGGCGUGCUUCAGAAUUUUCACUACGACAUCAAUCAUUUCGGACGUUGCUUAACCGUCCUCUUUCUCUAUGGUUUCCUCUUCCGCUGCAUUGCCUUCCUCUGCUUGGUGCUGCUAAACAAGAAAUGAGCAGUAAAACUUGUUUAAUUCUACUGUCCAAUUAUACUCGUCGCUGUACAUGAUCCCAUUCCAUUUUUUCAUUCAACUUAUCCGACGAACCGACGAACGAAGGGAGUCAUCAUACGAGACGAUCGACAUGUAUAUGCUUUUCCGGUAUUCGUAGCACAGUGGUGUAAUCACAAAGGCAGUGAAGUAAAAAAAAAAAAUUUGAUUGUUAUUUUUUUUCUUAUACUUUUAGAAUUUUCUAAUUCAUAGUUUUGGUUUUGUAUUGCUCAAGUCAAAAGUUUAUUUAUUCAGUUGAGCCAUGUUUAUCUGAACUGAUGAAAAUUAUAUAUGC